ACACUCGCGGCCAUUAACGACCCAGAUGUGGGCGACGAUACCAUUAGCGCACCACGCGCGUACACCAACGACGAGUGACGAAGAAGCUAUCUUUGGUAGGUAUGUGACUGUGAAGCACCUGCAGCCCUCGGAUACUAUACCGCCCCGCCUCGCUCCCCCCCCCCUCUGGUGUCCGCCAUCCAUACCUGUUGUCUCAGAUGAUUGGCUGGAGGGUAAACCUCAAACAGCGGGCGCACCAGCGACGAAGUCGCCUACUGGAAUACUAAUGAUGCUGUUUGGGAACGCCUAUAGAGGGUAGGGAACUGCCGUCACUAGUAACCUAACCAACAAAGCGAAACCCCAGACCCCAACUGAGAUCCGCUCUCAGCCCGUCGUCGCACACCGUACCCGAUGGCGGGGGGGGGACAUUCUUUGAUCUGGGCCGUUCCACACAUCUGACUGUUCUUUGUCCAGAUAUCGCCACCUGAGAGGGGAUUCCACAGAGGGGAUGCCCGUGCGCCUGCCUGAACUUAGGUCCCACCAAUGGAAGUCACCCUCAUGGUCUUUUUUUAAUUAUGUAGGACUGCUGCCGGCCCUGUCAGCUCAUGGCUACACUGGUAGAGAGAUAAGGCUAGCGAACGGUUGGACGCGUUCCCGACGAUGAGAUCUCCUCGGUUUGGUGAUGGUGUAUGAUUGGCUGGCGACAACUACUCAGUCGAGUGGGCUUGUACAUUUUCCAUCUUUGUCCCCUCACUGGUACUUGCACACCUGAACUUCUAUGCACCUGUGCUUGAAUGUGUUGGAAUAGACACAACAGCCCGCCUCGACUUCCGCCAACGCGUCUUCUGACCCUGCCGCCGCUUUGUCAGUUGCACACAACCUGCGUUUCUGUACGUGAAUGUUUGUAGUGGAACGAAAAAAUCCACUAGGAUCCUUCUCCUCAGACGCGUCAUGUGGGGUGCAAAUUCGCCAGUGCAACAAGCACUGUCGACAAAGGCCGGCUAGUGGCUUUUUAAGAUCACCAGAAAGGACCAUCUGCUGCUUGUUGUCGGAGAGAACUUUACUCCUACCGAUUCCGUGCAAAAACUCAUCUCAGUCGUCCUCCCAAUUCCUCUCCUCUGUCAUCCUUCGUAAGUCAAACUCGACAUCAUCCAACUAAAGCUAAGUUUCCCUUCCCGUUCAUAAUAUUUUUGUCGUUUUAAUUAUUGUUUAUGCUACGGACCAUCUGCCUCUGUUCGUCUGUGCGCUAAUUCUUAAGGAGUCUACCAGCCCAAGAUGCCGCUUCGGUAGGGUUCUGGACAAAACCAAUCGGUGCAACCAAACGACGGUAGAGACAGACAGACGGCGAAGGCGCAACCCCACUCUAGUGAGGAGGAGGAGGAGGAGGAGGAGGAGGAGCUGUAUUAGCAUAAGGCACCCACGCGCGCCCGCCCACGCCGAAAGCACUCGCGAAGGCCGACCUGUUCGAAGGGAGCAAGGCGGACUAGGACGGGGAUCGUGACCAACUGCCACUACUGCUGCUAUUACCAGUAUUAUUACUGCUGCUACCGCCAGCACCACUACUGGGGCCACCACUCUAAUCUACUAGCAGUAACGAUAGAGUGUAGGGCGCACAAGUAGGUGGCAACUCCCAAAAAUAUGCUCUAAGAUUCAGUGUGACUGUAAACAUCACUUGUUACUCACCGUUCUUAUUGCUUGGAAUGUCCUUUCUUUCCUGACUAAAUACAAACUGACCAGCGGCGCUGUGCUCAAAGUCCGUUAUUUUUUGAAAAUUGCUUUGUGUUUAUAUUUCUAGUGUCGCACUUACGUUCUUUGCCAGAUGACAGCGUACGAAAAGACUUUCGGUAGGAAUUCAUCUAUUUUUUUGUGUCCUAUUGUUCUCCGUGCUGUGUGUUGCCCCACCCGUAAAACCCACUACUACUGCUGCCACUGCUACUAAUGCUAGCACUGUCAUUGCUACUACUACCACUACCACCACUACUACUACUACUACUACUACUACUACCACCACCACCGCCACCGCCACUACUACCACCACCACCGCCACUACUACUACUACCACCACCACCGCCACUGCUGCUGCUGCUGCUGCUGCUGCUGCUGCUGCUGCUACUACUACUACUACUACUACUACUACUACUACUACUACUACUACUACUA